GCGAAAAUCGAUAAUCUGCUUGUAAACAAGCCUAACCAAAUGUAGGACAAACACUCAUAGUACAAUUUUCAUAUUCCGCAAUUAUUGUUUCAAGUUACCUUUUGAUUUAACCACUCUUCGUUUAUUUGUGAGUGUUAAAUUAGUUAGCAAACAUGGAUACAGCGAAUGUUGGGUAUUCUUAUCAUUUACCGACUGGUGGCUGGAAUUAUAAGAUCCGCAACACAUUGUCACAAUUCAGUGAUUUGUUCAGCGAAUUUAAUAAAUAUAUCGCGCCGGCAUAUCAUCAUGAUCGCUGUGAAAGAUCUGUUCAAAUGAGGAUUUAUUCAAUGCACAAAGGGGAGUUUGUGAUGGUAUUUAUUGCGUUUUUCGCUUGUUUCGGCUUAGGCGUAUUUAUAGGAUUGGCAGGCCCCUCACCCACUAUGACGACUUCCAUCCCCGCAUCAUCAGUGCUGACGAACGCGAGCAGCAUCUACCAGGGCCCCUUCCACCUGCACAGCAAGGCGCUCGGCCUGCGCGCGCAGCAGCUGUGGCUCAUGGCUGAGAUACUCACUAACAACGACGAUGAAGAGAUAUUCGACAAAAGCUUCCAAGUUAGUAUUUCUAUAGAAGGCGUGUUAGCAGACCAUACAACGGAAGAUAUUCUGUCUGAAGCAGACGCUCCCAAUAGGACCCAACACCUAAAGUGCAAGAAGCGAGUAUGCGACGAGGUGAUGAUACUCCACAUCCUAUGGCUGGACUACACACAUUACGUGUUCAACGUCAACUUCUUCGGGCUCAAGGAGUUCCACCACAGAUACUUUAUUAGAGACAUCAUUUUCUAUUUCAAAACUUACAACCCAGCAUUUACGCAGAUGGAGACUUGGUUUCGAUUUAUAUUUGUGAUGACGUCUUUCUUUAUGACCUUCUGGUUUGCCUACAUGAUGCGGAAAUACCCUAUGACGGACUGGUCGAUAGAACAGAGAUGGAUUUAUAUUUUGUUGCCGUUAUUGCUUACUUUUAAUGAUCCUAUUUACCCGUUAAGAUUUUUUCCGGGGGCCAUCAUGGCGCCUCUGAUCGGAAAUUUCUUCCAAACUAUAUUCCUUGGAGCUGUUAUGAUAUCGUGGCUUGUGCAGUAUCACGGACUUAGACAGAAUGACAGAGGCAUUGUCUCCUUCUACUUAUUUAAAUACGUGGUGGUGAUAAUGUGUGGGAUCCCAGCCAUCGUGCUCGGGAACUGGCAGAAGUUCAACAGUUAUUUGGACCCCACCUUCAACUAUAUGAUGGACCCAGAUUAUCCACUGGUGAAACUAUGGUUCUUCUGUGCAAUCACGAUAUACUUCUUAUACUUACUUAUAUUGAUAAUUAAGGCGUAUAGUGAUUUGAGGAAUAUGCCUUUCUUUGAUAUCCGACUCCGCUGCUUAUCCAUAGUAGUGGGUACGGUAACGUCCAUUAUUACAAUCCUAGCGCUCCAGGGCUGGGGCCCGGCCGCCCUGCAGGACCACUGGGCCUGCCAGCCCAAGGUACACUUCGACACGUCAGCACCAUUCAUGGCCCUGUACGGGCUGUUCAACUUUUACAUAUACAUACUGGCCUAUUUGUUCUCGCCCGGUGGGGGAAAUAUCCAUGAAACGGCCAUAACCAAAGACAACCCCGCCUUCUCUAUGAUCAACGAUUCAGAUGAAGAGGUUAUCUAUGGAUCAGACGAAGAAAGCCGACGUCCACUGAACUCCCACCAUAGGAUUACUACUGAUGAAGAUUUAUAGAUAAUUAACUAUAACUUAAAAUAAUAUUUUCCGUAAAUGUCAUUUUUUUCUUGUUAUAAAAUUCUAAAACUAAUUAGA